GACCCCGUGAAAAAACAUGAAGAAUUUCCAACUCCCGUUUGUCCGACAGCAAGUGAAGGGAGCACGAGUCACGCGUUGUUUGUGUCAGAGGGGAAAUAUGGCGGACGAUGGAGAAUCGCUGGAGUCCUGGCUCAACAAAGCCACGAACCCGUCCAACAGACAGGAGGACUGGGAGUAUAUAAUGGGAUUCUGUGACCAAAUCAACAAGGAACUGGAAGGCCCACAAAUUUCCGUUCGGCUGCUGGGUCACAAGAUCCAGUCCCCCCAGGAGUGGGAGGCGAUACAGGCAUUAACGGUUCUCGAGGCUUGUAUGAAGAACUGUGGGCGGCGUUUUCACAAUGAAGUCGGGAAAUUUCGAUUUUUAAAUGAAUUGAUCAAGGUGGUUUCACCCAAAUAUCUCGGGGACAAAGUGUCAGAGGGAGUGAAGACGAAAGUGAUCGAGAUGCUGUACAGCUGGACCGUGUCUCUGCCGGAUGAAGCAAAGGUCGUUGAAGCGUAUCAGAUGCUGAAGUCCCAGGGUAUUGUUUUAACUGACCCAGAAGUUCCCCUUGAUGCUACGUUUAUACCAUCGCCUUCUCCGCAACCCAAGAAUCCCUUGUUUGAUGACGAGAAGAAGAGCAAGAGAUUAGCAGAGCUGCUGAAGAGCAAAAAGCCGGAAGACCUGCAAGAAGCCAAUCGGCUCAUCAAGAACAUGGUGAAGGAGGACGAGGUGAGAACCCUCAAAGAGAAAAAGCAGAGAAGCACCUUAGAGGCGGUGAACAGCAGCGUCAAACUGCUUACAGAGAUGCUCUCUCACUUCAGCCCCGAGGAAUCCACAGACGGAGACAAGGAGCUCAUUAGGGAGCUGUAUGGCGAUUGUGACAAGCUGAGGCAAACUGUGUUUCAGCUGGCCACUGAGACAGAGGAUAAUGACAGCAGCUUGGGAGACAUCCUGCAGGCCAGUGAUGACCUCUCCCAUGUCGUUCAAUCUUAUAAGAAGAUUGUGGAAGAACAGAUCGUCAAUGGCGGGACUGAGGAUGCACAACAAACACAAUUAUCAGUCAGACAAGGUCGCACAAACCGGUCCGAGGUUCUGAUUGACCUGAUGGGUUUGGCCGUCUCCCGGCCCCCAACGUCGCCCCUGUCCCUCCCUGCUGACCUGCUGUGUGGGUCUGCUCCCGGGGGGCCGAGGGCCACCGGCCCCGCUGCUCCCUCUGCUGCGCUCUCCCUGCUGGAUGAGGAGCUGCUCUCUUUAGGCCUCAAUGAGCCCGCUCCUGCUCCAAAUAAAUCUGCACAUGUGAACUUCAACAACGGUUUGCCAUCUUUACAGGAUUCCGGUCACAAUUUAGAUUUUUUUGAAAGCACUUUGCCUUCGGCUUCCGCGUCAGCGAUGUCGUCGCUCUUUCCAGACGCCCUUCCUGUGACGGCAGACCCAAUUCACUCGGCAAAGUCUUCCAUAGCUGCUUCUGCCUCAAGCCUCCCUGGUCCUGUGUCCUCCACGUCUCCGGUCUCUACACUGUCCAUCUCAACAACAUCGGUCGUCUUUCCACAGUCCUUCAGCUCAGCAUUGACCUCCGCGGCUCCUGCUCGGUCAUUCCACAUGGCCUCGCCUCCUCUCUCCGCUUCGUCCGGAGCGUCCCACCCGACUGCUCUGAGUCAUAAUCUGCAGGACCUUGCCAUGCUGGACCUGGGCAGUCCUAAAAUCACACCGGCCGUGGUGGACUUCAGCAGCUUGCUGGUGAAGAGGGACGACCUGCUCGCUCCCGCUGCCCCGUCCUCCAGCGCCGGAGUCGCCUCCACAGUCACCUCGCUGCUCCUCGGGGAGGCGCUGGCCGGGUCCACUCCUCCGCUUGCCAAGAGCCAGGCGGAGGACAGCACUCUGUUACGCUCCCUCUCCCCCAUCCUGCCCCUAAGCCAGGCCAGCCAGGGCACAGGACGAGAGGUGUCCCUGGCCAACGUCUUCGUCCCUUUGGAUGCCAUCAAGCCAAGUAAGGUGUGUCCCGUGACUGCUUACGACAAAAACGGAGUGCGUGUUCUGCUGCAUUUCGCCAGCGACUGUCCAGCGGGCCGCCCCGAUGUGCUGGUGAUGGUGGCGUCCAUGCUCAACACAGCGCCGCGGCCGGUCCGGAACAUCGCUCUGCAGGCUGCUGUGCCCAAGACGAUGAAAGUGAGGCUCCAGGCGCCCACAGCGACGGAGCUGGCUCCUUUUAACCCGAUCCUCCCGCCUGCUGCAAUCACCCAGGUCAUGCUGCUUGCAAAUCCUCUCAAGGAAAAGGUGCGGAUGAGAUACAAACUGAUGUUUACGCUGGGAGAGCAGCCGCACUCGGAAGUUGGGGAGGUGAAUGAGUUUCCGCCUACUGACAGAUGGGGGGCUCUAUAGCCCGGCCUGCCGACUGCAAGACAAUUUCAUUUUGGAAAAGGGCAGUGCUGGAAGACUUGGCGAACUAAUUGAGUGUUUUUCUGCUUGAGGUGGCCCCACUGAAUGCCCCGUACAUCCAACUUAAACGUUACUACAGCGCCACAGGUAGUCAGUGUGGUGCAGGAACACGAUUUUCAUCAUGUCAAAUAUAGUUAAGUUAUUAUUCAUUUAUUAUGUGUAUUAUUGUUAAUAAUGUCAUAUCUAUUUGUUCUUAUUUUGAUGUUCAUAUUUACUCUCAAUGCUAAAAAGUCAGCAAAACAAAAAAAAGAAUGUUGAAGGCGACUGUGAAGCCUGGGUUGUAUGAACAUGUGACCAGGACCUGCACUUCACAUGGUUUGCUGCUGCCUGUGUAUGUGUAACAACGUUUUACGCUUGGACAUCGGAUUGAAGCAUACAAAAGACCAUGUGUUGCUACACAAAAAGGAACCCACAGACCGGCCCGUCAACAAUACUUGUCUUGGGAGUUCUACACUAACUCGUAGCUCAGACGCUUCUUACGCUUUUUAGUAUUUAUUGACAUGAAUGUCUUAUUUAUUUUUGGGAACGAUUUCAGAUCAUUCCAUCUCCUGUGUGGUAUUUCCAUCAAUGGUUGCAUUCCUUCUUCACUGUUGAAGUGUUACCUAAUAUUCAGGAAUGAAUCAACAGGGUGGAUCGUAAGGAAACACGGUUUUCCUUCAUGUCCGGGCUGUGCGCUUUGGAUAGCAUCCUAAUAAAAAUGUGAUUCCCGCCAUGAGGAAACCUUCGCCAGAGACCGAAAGCCCUUUUACUUGGUAGGUGCAACAUGAGCUAUUAAGGCCCCGAAUCGAUUGUGUGCAAUGGCUAAUCCCUGAAGACAGGAAUAUUGUUUGACCGUAAUUAAAUGGAGUGCAUAGCGUUUGCUCCUGCUGCCGUUGUUAGACAGUGAAGCGGAAACUAAGCUAGAAGGGUGGAUGAUUUCCCUGGAGUCCUACCUAAAUGUUUCGCUUUGUGGUGGGGCUCUCCUUAAUCAAUUUAGGAGCAUAGUUCUUUUAGCAAGCCUUGAAGAAAUACUGUAAAUCAUGAUUGAUUGAAAACCUUUGUGAUUACUUCAUAGAAUCAGGAUUACUGUGUGUCAAGAACGAGAACUGUGAUUUCUUUCUUUUCGUCUUUUUAAGGCUACUUGGGCUACAUCUUAUAAAACCUAUUUGUUUUACUUUGUUACAUGAAAGUGUCGUUGCAUAUUUGGAAAAGCUACUCCUCUGCAUGGAAAAAUAAAGGAGGUUGAUUCGUUUUACAAUU